CCAUUAUCUGCUGUCUCUCUCAGGUACCCAAGUAACUAACAGCAUGUCCAAGAUACGACAGGUUAAACAAAACUGGUGAACAAUCUCCUGCGCGUUCCUGCAUCCGCCCUACGUGGCUUCAUCUGAUCCAUCUCAUCCUCCUGGUUCCGUGGUUCACGCACAACAGAGUUGCCGAGUGGGACGAACAGAGUCUCCAACCCCAGUCGCUAUUUCGAGAUAUAGUGCUAUCUAUCCAUAACGUAACUCGUCAUCCCCCCCUGAGACACGAGAUCCGAUAUCAAGAAUCACAUCACCGUCCUCUUCCCGUCCACCACUAUGGCACUGGGGACGACACAGCAACAGCUCUUGCCAGACACGGCCCGCCGUACGGUCGUCACCACCAUCAACUACUACGACGACCCCGGCGAUGGGUCUCCUCCAACCCCAAUCAUCGUAGGGGGUCAAAAAGUCACAAAUGAGAGGAAAAUGACGCCUCGGACCAUGACUGUGACCGACAUCACGGGCGACGAGGACAAGUUCGCCCUUGACACGCACGGCUUCCAGUACAUCCGUCACACAAGCGCCGAAAAGGACUUUGUCGACGAGGAGCAGGUCAAGACCGUUUACUAUCCCGAGAUGGAAAAAGUGUACAAGGACAUCACGGGGGCCAACCGGGUCGUCAUCUUCAAUCACCAGAUCCGUCGGGGCCCGGCCAACUGGCACACACUGGGCGAGCGUAACACGGAGCACCGCGGCCCGCUGCACAAGGCCCACGUCGACCAGUCGUACGACGGCGCCAUCAUGAUGGCGAGGCACCACCUCGGCGACGAGGCCGAUGAACUCCUCAAGCGCCGCUUCCAGAUCAUCAACAUCUGGCGGCCCAUCAAGACGGUCCAAAAGGACCCGCUCGCCGUUGCCGACGGGAACACGGUCGCCGAGGAGGACCUUGUCCCCGGCGCCAUCAUCUACCCCAGGCACCGCGCCGAGACGUGGACCAUCAAGCCGAACCCGGCGCACCGCUGGUACUUUAAAAACAGGCAGCGGCCGGACGAGCCGUUGCUCAUCAAGUGUUUCGACUCGGACGCGUCCGUGGUCAGACGGGCGGCCCAUUGUGCGUUCCGCGACCCGGACAUGGACGACAUGGAGUGUCGGCAGAGCAUCGACAUUCGGGCUCUGGUGUUUCAUUGAAUGACUGUCUCGGCGGGGCAUGGUGUCUCAGUCUGGCCGUUGGAACCAAGACCAAAGAGGAUAAUUAGAGGCCCAAUGGCUUUGCAGCACGACGGCUUAAGCACCCAUGCGAGAACGAGCGUACACGUGGGAUGACCACGCUCGACACCUUUCAAUCGAAACACAUCAUGUCGUGCCAAGACACAGCACGCACAGCCAGGCAAAGCCGCUUGUGGCCCGAUCGAUUCUGACUGGGGUGGUUUUCAUGCUAGUUUGGCCAGGCCUUAAUUUAAGCCUCAUUCACGACUUUAAUCACAAAUCAAACCUUUGGUAUUUGGUGUUCGAGAGUCGGCAUGCGAUACCAAUGGUAUCUGCUGAUAUCGGGUAGAGGGCGGUUGGUGGCUGAGCUAGCUUGUCAGCUCCUGUGGCUUCUCACGAUCAAAAUGAUGAGUUGUUCAACGGCAACAGUUACAGUUACAUCCUGAACGGUCCAAAAUAAUGGCCAUAUGCCACUUGGGCCUACCAAGAGAAAAAUGCACGCUUUGCUGAGCGCAAGGGGCCUGCUCCUGAGCAGAACGGACACCUGCCAGCCCUGACGUCACAGACAAUGUCAUCGAGGUUGGUCGGCCGGGAACCUAAGCUACCUACCUAUGUACACCGUACUUAAAUUCAAGGUUCUCUUCCCGCCUCCACUCAACUCGAAUGGCGCCACAGCAUGGCACCUCGUCCCGUGCACCAUGACAACUACGACAAGGGUCGAUUCGGAAACUCGGCACUUGGCCAUGCUGAUUUUCGUCUGGGCGGCCUUGGACGAUGGUCG